AUGGCAAACGAAAAAGAAACUACUAGCACCGUUAUCCCUCCUGUUUUGAUACCUGAGGAACGUACUGACACCGGCUCAGAGGACGACAAGGACAACAAAGCCUCUAUCAACAUGUCGCCUCUCGCCGUCAUCCCCAACCCGGUCGGCGCGUCCAAGGACAAGAUCGUGCUCAUUUCAUGCAGCAACCUCAAGACCUUGACGUUCCAGCACCGCACCCUGUCGGGUGACGUUGGACUCACCCUCUCAAGCCAGGAUGGCGACAGCGCCGCGGCUACCGUCCUAGCCUAUCCUUCGUCGCUCACGGCCAUGGUGUUUGGCGAUACACUUUGCGUCUUUGGCGUCACUGGCAAUGAGGGCAACUACAAGAUUUCCCUCGUGAGCCCGGCUUACCAGCCCGCCUCCCAUCUCUCGCCCAAGACGACUUCCCUGGCGGGCUUCUCGAGAGGCAGCACACAGGGGUACCUGUAUUAUCAAGGCCUCAAGGACGACGCCGUGGCUAUCAAGGAAUGGGCUUUUACUUCGGCCGGGAAGAUGCGUAACUCGGCCGUUGAUGUGACUACCAUAACCUCAAUAUUGCCGGGCACCCAGCCAGCCGCCGCCACCGACGAGAAGAGGAAUCGCUGGCUAGCGUACCAGCAAGCUGAUGGCAGAAUUGGCGUGCAUAACGGCCGGACGGGCCUGAACUACGCCAUCGACAGCAGCCCGUAUAUUUAUGUCUACUUUGUUGACCUCCUCAAUCGUGUACGCGUGGCAGUUAGCGCCAUCGGCUCUGAUGAAAACAACGCUCUUUCCUUCACGGUCGACGAACCCAAGCCGACGUUUGCCUCUCGCGAGGGCCCGACCGCUCACAUCAAGGUCCACGACUGGUCCCAACUUGCGGCGGUGCCCUAUGCUACGCGUGUGGACCCAGACGACGAGGACGCUACCAAGGUCAAGCCGUGCAAUCUCCUGUUUGGAGUCACGCAGGACGGCGAGAGCGGCAUCUCCCAGAUCGAGUGCGACGAGUGGUCCAAGUGA